AUGGAAACAAAUAUGUCUUCUCAUAAAGUAUUUAAUGAUAAUGCAUUACUCAAAUUAAAAAUAAAUGUCUCUUAUUCUCAAGUAACAAAAGAGAAUACUAUAGGAAACGUGACCAAGGCUUUUUUAUUCCGCUUGUCUGUUAAUAAAAAUUCAAAUGAGCUUAUGCAAGAGAAUGUGCAAGAUUUAGACCUAAUAAAGUAUCUAUUAGCACCUUACUAUGAUAUAGAUUAUUCAUGUAUAAGUUCUCAAAGAAUUGGAUAUGAAAAUUAUAACAUUUCCAAAUUAAGAAAGAGAAAAAAAGAAGUUAGUCCUAAUAACAUAGAUAAAUAUUUAAGAAAGCAUAUAAAGAAAUACUAUUCAAGAAAGCAUAUAAAGAAAUAUUAUUCAAGAAAGCAUAUAAAGAAAUACUAUUCAAAUAAGUCUGAGACUCAAACCUUUGCUUCUUCUAAUAAUGUAAUGAGUGGCCUAGAUUCUCAAUAUGUCAAGCAAAAAGAUUCAUCUAAUCCUGCCCCAUCCAAAAAACAUGCUGGUGAACCUACCUUAGCAGACAAAUCAACCAGUAAAAAAGCAAAAAAAGAAUCACAUGUAUUAAAUGAGCUUAUAAAAGAAUUAUCUACCGAACUUGAAACUCCACAAGCCCCUAUAGUUAGAAAAGAAAAUGCUAUUAAUUUUGAUGAUUUAUAUAAUAAUAUAACCAAUGCGAAAACUUAA